ACAACUCUUGUGGUCGUUGGUUGUUUGGCCCGUUUGGCUCACACUCUGCAAAAUGGCGACGUCCCUAGGAUCCAACACUUACAACCGACAGAACUGGGAAGACGCGGAUUUCCCAAUUCUGUGUCAGACAUGUUUGGGAGAAAACCCCUACAUCCGUAUGACCAAGGAAAAGUAUGGUAAAGAAUGCAAGAUCUGUGCCCGACCAUUUACCGUGUUCAGAUGGUGUCCAGGGACACGAAUGCGUUUCAAGAAGACGGAGGUCUGUCAGACAUGCAGUAAAAUGAAGAAUGUUUGUCAGACAUGUCUGCUGGAUCUGGAGUAUGGUUUACCCAUCCAGGUCAGGGACACUGGGCUGUCAGUCAAAGAUGAGGUUCCUAGGUCAGAUGUGAACAAAGAGUACUACACACAGAACAUGGAGAGAGAGAUAGCCAAUUCUGAUGGCACACGGCCGGUUGGCCAGCUCGGUAAAGCGCCUAGCUCUAGUGAUAUGUUGUUGAAACUGGCCCGGACCACUCCAUACUACAAGAGAAACCGACCACAUAUCUGCUCCUUCUGGGUGAAAGGAGAGUGUAAGAGAGGGGAGGAGUGUCCCUACAGGCACGAGAAGCCCACUGAUCCAGAUGACCCUCUGGCUGACCAGAACAUAAAGGAUCGAUACUAUGGCAUAAAUGACCCAGUAGCUGACAAGCUGCUGAAAAGGGCCUCAACGAUGCCCAGACUGGACCCACCAGAGGACAAAUCCAUCAGCACCCUAUACAUCGGAGGUUUGGGGGAUACAGUCACAGACGCAGAUCUUAAGAGUCACUUUUACCAAUUUGGUGAGAUUCGUACUAUUACCAUCGUCCAGAGGCAACAGUGUGCCUUCAUCCAGUUCGCCACUAGGCAGUCAGCUGAGAUGGCUGCUGAAAAGUCCUUCAACAAGCUCAUCAUCAAUGGACGGAGACUCACAGUCAAAUGGGGAAGGUCUCAGGCAGCAAGAGGGAAGGAGGGCGUUAAAGAUGGAGUCAGUGAGAUGGGCACCAGGCUUGAUCCCGUACCUGGACUGCCUGGAGCUCUUCCUCCGCCACCAGCGAUAGACGAAGAAGCUCCUGCAAAUUACUUCAACCUGGAUGCUAGCACCUCUCCCGCUGUCAUGAACAUUGCUCUGCCUCCACCUCCAGGCAUCAAUCCGCCUCCUCCGGGUUUUGGCCCUCCAAUGUUUCACCCCAUGGGCCCCAUGGCUCCACCCAUGCCACCUCCAAUGAGCAUGAGACCUCCUGGUCAAAUCCACUACCCCUCCCAGGAUCCUCAGCGCAUGGGUGCUCAUGCUGCUCAUGGCUCUCGUCAUGGGGAUUAGCUGCUGGAGUGAAGUUAUUCUGUUAUAUGAUGUCAUUCUUUUCCUCUCCUUAAACCCUGGUCAGAUUUUGUCAGCAGACUUGAAACUUGCGGACAACUUCGGGGAGAAAUACACAGCAUAUACAGGACACAGGAUUUGUUACUUUGCCUGUGGUGCUGUGGAUGAACUGAACAAGUCCCUGCAAGAUAACUUAGUCACCACUUUCAGCUCAAAGAACCAGACCAGCAUCUGAACUGUUGGAGGUAAAAUAGUAAAAGACUGAGAGAAAUUACUACUGUGUUCAGGGCCACAUAGUUUUAUAUUCUCUUGUGACUGGAGCCAUUGUAUGUAAAUAAAAACUUCACCCAUAGGUUCAGUUUGUAUUUGUCAAAAUGUGCAAAAUAUCGUGGAGUAGAAUUCAGCGGAGCAUUUUUAAACCUUUUUAAUUUGCAACUACAUUGAAUUUUUUUAUGUGACACAGUUGUAAUGUUCCACAACAUGACUUGGUUAAUUGUAAAACUUUGUUUGAAUGUUAUUCCACUUAUUAAAUUGACACAACUUUGUCAUUGAU